CAGAGCCUUCUUUUCCUUUACUUCAUUAUCAGUAUGUUUCUUUCAAGUCGUCUAGGAUGAAAAUGCUUGUUAGGUUUGUUUCGAAUAAUUGCAGAAAUAUCUCUCACUUCAUGAUCCACUUUUGGCAAUUCGAUUUUACUGAAGCGAUGGGUUGGUUUUCGGAUGGAUGCGCUUGCAUUCUUGCUGAUGUCUUCUGUAUKGUAUGUGAUUGGUUUCCUGUGUUUUUUUUUGUGUUGCUCAAACUCACUUCGGAUCAGAUGCACGAUUGUUGAUUGCCAAGCAAUUUCAUUUUUCGGUCAUCCACCGUGCCAACACAAUACAUAUUCGUUCCAUUCUUUUACAGCUUUUUCUCAGUAUUUUUCCAAACCCAAGGAUGGUUCACUGUUGAUCCUGCUAUCUUGGGAUUAUCCAUCUCAAUGCUGUUGCAGUUAUGUUCUGCCUUCCAAUGGUGCAUUCGACAGAGUGCCGAGGUAGUGAACCAAAUGGUUGGUGUUGAACGAGUCUUAGGAUUUGGAAAACUAGAGCCUGAGGCCCCGCUUGAAUUAGAAAGUGACAAUAACCUGGACGAAUUUUGGCCGAUGGAAGGUGCGAUAACUGUAAAGGAUCUUGCCGUUCGGUAUAGGCCUUCUUUGCCUUUGGCAUUGGACGGAGUUACAUUUUCGGUGCCUAGCGGUUCUAGGAUUGGCGUCGUAGGAAGAACAGGUAGUGGCAAAUCAACUAUCGUCCAAGCAUUAUUUCGUCUAUUGGAAGCCGAAGAUGGACAAAUCAAUGUGGAUGGUUUCAAUAUCGCCGAGGUUGGACUCCACCGCAUACGUACUUCUAUAUCUGUCAUUCCGCAGCAUCCAACUUUGUUCAGUGGAUGCACAGUUCGAGAGAACCUUGACGUAUUUGGCUUGCAUUCCGAAGAAGAAAUCUACAAAGCGCUGAAAAGUGCUCACCUGGGCGAAGUCAUUGCCGAACUGCCAAAAGGAAUCGACUCCGUUGUGACCGAAGGAGGAUCCAACUUUAGUGUUGGACAGCGACAGCUGCUUUGCCUUGCCCGCGCCAUCCUUAGCAAGAACAAGAUCCUGAUCCUUGACGAGGCAACCGCGUCAGUCGAUAGGCGGACUGAUCAAAUGCUUCACGAAUCUCUGCACGAAUCUUUCGGCAACGCUACGAUUAUUGCCGUCGCUCACCGUCUGGACACUGUCAUAGAUUACGAUUACAUUUUGGUGUUGGGCAAAGGUAAAGUACUGGAAUUUGGGUCGCCUGCUGACCUUUUAAGGAAAAAUGGUGGGGCGUUUCACACGAUGGUGGAAGACACCGGGGAGAUCACUUCGAAUGAAUUGCGAGAGCGCGCAUUCGUGAAUGAACGGUGAUCAUUGUACUUGCAGGGGCCUAACUGUGCUAGGCAACAAAAGAACAUGCAGCUGCACUUCAAAAGAAGUCGCUGAUAUUUUUCAAGUCAUUACGAAGCGCAUGCAAUCUCAUGCAGUUCUAGGUCAUUUGUAAAAUUAAAAUCUCCUUCCACGGUGAGUGCAGCUUAUUCACCACGCCAAUACAUGAAGACAACUAAG